AUGGAUGUUCUUGUUCUCAUGCAUUCUGUAGCAGAGUGGGGUUCCGCGCACCUUGUUCUCGUCUCUUUUCUUUUCUUUUUUUUUCUCGCAAAUUCAUUCCUCUCCGAGAUGAACGAGAAGCUCACAGAGCUCUUCCCUCAUCGUGCCUCGCUCUUUCUCUCUCUCUCUUCCUUUUCUGAAAGGGUUCUAGCAACUUCGCAACUUUACAAGUUGAGCAACGGUCGAACUCGGACCCUCCCCCAGCUGGGAGUUGUCCCACUAGGACUCUCUAUUGUAUCCAAGGAGGUAUCCACCUUCGCGCCCUCCACCCAUACUGGCUCCUGGAUCAAGAUCCACCACGGUGCUCCAGUCUCCAGAUGCAAAAAGGUCCGAGGGGCUCCUCGCCUCAAAAUGGCUUCAAAGCCGGUCGCUGGGACGAGCCGAGAUCUCGCCACGCUGGGAAUGGGCUGUGAUCUAUUCCAAUUUCCACCUUUGGUUGGUUGGUCCCCGGACCUGUUUUUUUCUUCGCUGGCACAGAGCUGGGGUGCACAUGGGUUAUUUCUUUUUCCCCUUUUUUAG